AUAUAGUGAAACUCAGUUAUUCAUUACCCUCUACAAAAGACAUGCCUCCUAUGUAUAUUAGAAAUGAUAGGCAAGUGCAAGCAUUUAUGAAAAAGCUUGCGGAAUUCAGAGGCGGUAUUCAGCUAUGUGUAACUGUUGAGAAGAUGAGAUUUGACUCAACCAUCCCGGAGAGGGUUGGAACUGAAACGGAAUCCUUCUCUAAUAUAUCUGAAGGUUCAGCUCCUAUGCAGUUAUUUGCAAUGGAGAAUAACUUCGAGUUCCGGACUAAGAAAUCAGACUCAACACGGUAUACUCUUCGUUGCAUUGAUGAAAAAUGUAGUUGGAGGUUACGUGGAACUAGGGUUAAGGCAUCAUAUAGUUUUAUUAUUAAAAAGUAUGUUAGUGAGCACUGUUGUGAUUCUUCGCUAAGGAAGGUUAAUCAUCGCCAAGCAACUGCUAGGACAUUAGGAGAAAUGGUAAGUAAUCAUUUUCGUGGAGAGAAGCUUGCGCUUAAACCUAAACAACUGAUAGAAAAAUUCAGACACGACAAUGGGAUUGGAGUUUCUUAUUCAAAAGCGUGGAGAGCUAAAGAUCAUGCAAUCGAUGUUGCUAGGGGUACACCUGAUGAUGGUUAUGAGUUCUUGCCAAUGUGGAUGUACAUGGUAAAUGAGAAGAAUCCUGGUUCUGCAACCUUCAUUGAGGUCGAUCCUGACAAUAAAUUUAAGUACGCAUUUCUUGCUUUUGUUAUGAAAGAUGCAGCUUAUGCUUACACAAGGUUUGAUUUUGAACAAUUGUUCCAUGAACUGUCUCUUGCUGACAACAAGAUGGCACAUUAUCUGUGGGAUUUGGAUGUCAAAAAAUGGUCACGUGCUUGUGCACCUGCCAAUCGAUACAACAUUAUGACAUCAAACUUAGCUGAGUCUUUGAAUUCUCUGUUGAAAGAAAGCCGUGAGUAUCCAAUUGUCUGUUUGUUUGAUACAAUUAGGUCUACUCUUACCAGAUGGUUCAAUGAACGACAUGAGAAGGGUACUCGUAAUAGGCACUCAGUUACUGUGAAUGUGAUGAAGCAAGUAAAGACACUGUAUGAUUCUACUGCACGCUGGCUUGAAGUGUCACAAGUGAAUCAACACGUGUUUGAAGUGAAAGGAGGUACGUUGGUUCAUGUUGUGAAUUUGGAAACAAGAGACUGCACGUGCUGUGUGUUCAAUAUCACGAAAAUCCCGUGUGCUCAUGCAAUAGCGGCUACAAAACAUAUUAAUCUUAACGAAUAUGAUUAUGUUGAUACCUUAUACUCCAACAAAAGGUGGACGCUAGCAUAUUCAGAGAGUAUAUAUCCCGUUGGUGAUAGGACACAAUGGGAGGUUCCAGCCGAUGUUGCUGCUUUUGUUUGUCGACCACCAUCUUCUCGUGUUCCUAGUGGCAGGCCUAAGAAAAAGAGAAUACCUAGUGGAUGGGAGUAUGGAAAAUCUGCAACAAAUUACAAAUGUCGUCGGUGUGGUCAAAAUGGACACAACAAAAGUAGUUGUGUGGCUCCAAUAUAGUUUUUUUUUUAUUUUAUUACAUAACAUAUUAAGUAUUUUGUGACUUUUUUAAAAAAUAUUAUUGAAAAACUUUCAUAACUUGUUAUAAAACUUUUUUUACGUU